AUGGCUAACAGCAGAGUAUCUCUUGCCAUGGAGAGAACUGGGGUUUUUUCUCAAGAAAUUCCUACUGAUGUUAUUGUUGAAGUAGAAGUCAAUUUCUCUCUUUACAAGUUCGUGCUUAUAGCAAAGAGCAAUUACAUAAGAAAACUGAUUAUUGAAUCAAAAGAAGCUGAUUUGGCAAGAAUAAACCUCUCCAACAUCCCUGGAGGACCUGAAAUUUUCGAAAAAGUUGCAAAAUUUUGUUAUGGAGUGAAUUUUGAGAUCACGGUACACAACGUGGCAGCCCUCAGAUGUGUUGCUGAGUAUCUACAGAUGACUGAUAUGUAUUGUGACGAUAAUCUCUGCAGUCGGACCGAGGAAUUCCUCUCUCAAGUGCCGUUAAGCAGUCUUUCGGGCGCUGUGGUCAUCCUGAAAUCGUGUGAAGACCUACUUCCCAUGGCUGAAGACCUUAAAAUUGUAAAAAGAUGUGUCGAUGUUGCAAGCGCUAAGGCGUGCGUCGGGGCGAAUUUUCCAAGCCGUUCACCACCUAACUGGUGGACCGAAGAGCUAACAAUCUUGGAUGUAAGCUUCUUCGAAAAGAUCAUUGUGUCGAUGAAAUCAAGAAGCGAAAAGGCCUUGACAAUAGCUAGUGCUAUAAUCACAUAUGCAGAGAGAUCACUUCAUGAUCUUGUGCGUGACCACUCUGGAAACGGUAUAAAAUCAUUAAAUUCUGGGGGAUCUGAUAUCAGAAUCCAACAACGAGAACUUCUAGAGUCUAUAGUCGCUCUUUUGCCCCCCGAAAAGACUGCAUUCCCCAUAAACUUCCUCUGUUGUCUCCUGAGGACUGCUAUUUUCUUGAGGGCAGCAAAUAGUUGCAAGAACGAGCUAGAAAAGAGAAUUUCAGCGAUUUUAGAGCACGUGACUGUGAAUGAUUUUCUAAUUUUAUCGUUCUCCUGUGAUGGCGAGCAGCUGUUUGAUCUUGAGAGUUAA